AUGUUUCGGAAUCAUGCCCAAAGAACAGAGACAAUGAAUAUCGCUAAUCUUAUCAAUCCCGUUGAUGAAACGCCGGCCUGGGAGCCGAAAUGUGAGCUGAGGUCGGAGCCGAAUGCAACCCCUCCUGCGGUUACACCAGCAGCAGAUCCUGCAGCACCACCACCACCACCACCAACAGCACCCACAGCACCAACAGCACCCACCGUCGCCCCCACCGCCGCGGAACCAGAACCAGACCCAAAGCCAGCAGAAACCGAGUCAACCAACACAAAAAGAAAGACGCCUCCUUCCUCCACGCAGCCAAAAGCAACCCCCAAACGCGCCAAAACACCUGGCGAUCUCUCGAGAGAAUGGCAGAGGCAGUAUUUUCAGGGUGCUCCCCUGUCCGAGUUCAAGGGGAUAACAUCUGGUGAGCUGUUGUUGGGAACAACGGGAUAUGUUGCCUCGCAAGCACCCAUCCAAGGGCAGAUGAUGGUCGAGAUUAUCGCUGCGGCACCUGACCAACCGCUUGGUGGUGCGGUUAGGCUGAGGGCCUUACCGGAGGGGGUCCGGCCUGGAGAGGAAGAGAUGAUGGGGGAGUUGGGACAGGCGCAGGAUGUAUUUUUGUUUCCGCUGAGGCAUGUUGAGGACAUCAUCAUCACACGUGGUAAAGCCAUACAGAGAGAAGCAUGGAAUAUCCUCAUCGUUCCAUCGCAGGCGGUUGGGGCACAGCCAUUAAGGUGGUCUCUUCCCGAGAUUGUCUCGUUUAGUUGGACGGGCAACUUGAUGGGGAGGGAGAAGGCCAACUUGAGGCUAGGUGGGAGGGCGGCGAAGACUGUUGAGGAGGCGAGUAAAGAUAAGAAGGUGCUCAAUGCUUUGUUGUGUGUGGAUGUUCUGGAGGAGGCGCUGAAUGAGGCCUUGGAGCCGUACCGGAAGAGGGUGCAGAAGGUGGACUUGAUUGAUGAGUUUACCAAGUCUUUGAGGGCGGAUGUUCAGGCUACGUUGAGUUCUGCUCCGGAGCUAAAGGGGAAGCCCUGUGGCAACAUCCAUGUUUACCCGGCCGGAAUCCUUUUCAAAUCCAAGUCCAGGAUUCUGUACAUGCCCUUCGGUAUCAUUGAAUGCGUCACAUUGACAGUAGCGUUCUGCUUGAACCAAAAACGGCUGGCAGGUCUGUCCAUGGGUGUGCAAGUCAAGAAGGGACAGCGAGAGCGCGAGGCUGAUGAGGCUGAGGCGAAGCGUUGGGAGCGCGAAACUGUUGGCAUUUACUUCAAGAAGAUUGAACUGAGGUGUGUCCGAACGCUGAAGCGAUGGCUUGAGGAGGCGGGAGUUCGCAAGUUGGAGCUAGAGAAGGAGUCAUACUACGACUAUGCAAAGGGUUCGAUCACGGGGGAAUGUGUACCGUAUGUCCUGCCACCCCCUACUGCUAAGCCUUCGCCUCCAGGUGGUGCGCGAGAGGUGGCCAAGGAGCAACCAUGAAGAUCCAGGACCGAUUAUCAGCUAGACUAGGACGAUAUCUCGCGAUGGCUCAGUGCUUAGUCUGUCAAGCUCGCCAAGCCCAUGAAAAUAUGCGCCCCCAACUAGCACAUAACUUCCCUCGCCUUUCCCACUGUCCCGGACGAUCAACGCAGUAGCAUUGCCAUCCAGCACGACCACCUGAUCACCAACAAUAACCUUCUCGGGGGCUACCCCACAAAACCCUUCUUCAGUUAUGCAAAACCGCGUCCCCGCUGUCGCCCUGUUCGAUCUGUCCCUGAAGAAGAAGAAUGCCCGAAGCGGCUCCAGACGCGGCAUAAUAACUGUCUCUCCUCCCCCCAGCUUAUCCCUCAUGGGCAAUGCUCUGGAGAGGGACGAGAGUUGGCCGAGGAACACCUCGAAGCCCUUCUUCAGACGCGGCAAGUCGUCCGUGUCGAAAGCCAGCGACCUUUUCCGAAUGAACAACUCAAAAAUUAUUUCCAUUGGAUUUACUUCUGGCAAAGUAUCCCUAAUCAUAAUGGUUGCCUUGACAGUAGCGACAAUCCAGUCCAUCCAGUCCUGUGAAGGGGAAACUGGAAACAUUCGCUCGCUGGUUGCUUUGAUCGUAUCCACUACAACACCUCGUGCACAGAGUUUGGUAUCGUCGAGGACACGCAUACUGGCUGUUCUUGCAGGUCCUGCUUGAGCUGUGAAGACCAUGCGUGCUCCUGGGUUAACUGAAGGCGAUGUGUCGGCCCAGUUCUGUUGGAUUGUGGUCAGCUUCAACCCAGCAAAGCACAAUAUGCAAGAUAUAUAUGAUGUCUCUCACCGGAACCCAUGUGGGCAAUUCAGGAUCCCGGUCCGCAGAACCAGAUAUCCCAGAGCAGCGAAGCAGUUCUUCAGCGUACCCUUUCUCAAUCAACAAGCGGGCAAACCUCGUGAAGACCUUGAUAUGGGUCUCACUCGGCUCGUAGCUAACAUGUCCCAUAUACUCUUGCCCAUCUUUUGCCAAACCGAUCAACGCAUACACCUUAUCGCGGAGAUCUGUCGCCAUGAAGAAUUGGCCGGCCAGAACGAUGAGCUCGGCCAAAGCAGCCGGGCACUUCUUCCAUAUCACCCUCUUCUCAAACAUCAGCCAGGCCCGCUUCAGCCCUCUGUGGGGCUGACCACUGUCAGCCAAUUCCUCCCCUCGACGCUGCAUGUAUGCGCGGUUGUCAACUUCGCUAUACUCCCUGAUAGCGUAGCAUGCAACGAUAACAGCACUUGCAUCCAAACGCGCGUCCCCAAAAUGGAACCUGACCUUCUUGGCGGAGAGGAACUCUUGCAGAAUCCAAAUCCUCUGAAAGUACGGAGAUGCAAAAAACCGGCGCCAUGACACCCAGAGAGGACUAUCGACGGUCGGCAGUCCAAAUCUUUCAAGGAACUUGGUAGGGCCUGGGUCGGCAAUGCCGAGUUGUUGGAGUUGCAGUUCCAGGUCGUCUGUUUGGGGAACGACCUUAAAAGUAUGGUCCUCGCCAUCCUCGCCAUCCUCACCAUCAUCGCCAUCCUCAUCAUCCUCAUCAUCCUGACUAUCCCCCCCCUCCAUCUCCGCCCUCAACAACCUCUCCGCCCUGCAAACCCUCCCCACCAACUCCACCACCCUCCCCCCAUCCCCCUUUUCUAGCGGCACAAACGCAAUCACCCUCUUCGCCUGCUCAUAAACCCUCCUCAUCAACCCAAUCUGCACCCUCUUCUCCUCGCAAUCACUUUGGUCAAUACACAACGCGUCAACCCACAACCUUUUCCCCGCAUGCAACUUCCUCACCGCCCUCAAAGCAGCGUAUAAGUUCCUCGUGACCGGGACUUGUCUCCCGUCUAGAUUUAUGUAGACUGGAUCUGACGGGUCACCCCAGACGUAGGAGAGGGCGGAGUACCGCUGGAAGGGGUGCAUUUUUCUGGGUUGAGUUGGGGUGGUGUCGGUCCAG